CUGCGUGCUGAUUUAAAAGCUACAGAGGACGAGCUAACGCGCGUCCGCUCAUCUCUCUCCGAGGCCACCUCGACCAUCAUUACUAAGUCUGAGGAAGCUGCAGCAGCAGCUUGCGCAUCCGCCUCUGCUGCUGCAAUGGGGUCUGCUGUCACUUCGACGUCAUCUGUUAUUGCUACAACCGCCACACUUUCUGGAUCACAUUCGUCUUGUUUCGCUACUACAAAUCCUACAAUUCCAGGACAAAUAGAAAUUCCAUCUUUCAUUAAGAUGGAGCCUCGUUCUGGUGAUGGAGAUUUUAUUUCUGCCUCUUCAGGGCUCGGACAGACAUCCUCGCUCGCAUCAUCUUUGAAACACGGGCUAGAAAAGCCGGCAAAGCUUGAGGUUACCGAUGGCCAAGCGUUUCAUACGAUAAAAGAUGGGGAACAACAAAAGGCAGAACAUCAGGGGCCUUAUCAUCAGCAAAAUUUCGGUUCUGGUAAAGCUAUGGAUCUCGAUGCUAGAUCAUCAACGGACCAGCGUAAUCGUGAUCGCGAUCGAGAAGAAGAAAGGGAUCAUGAUCGAGACCACGAGGGCGAAAAGGAAGAAAGGGAUAGAGAUAAAGAUAGAGAUAGAGAAAGGGACAAGGAGAAGGACAAAGAGAAAGUUAAAGAAAAGGAAAGGGAGAAGGAGAAGGAGCGAGAUCGUGAGAAGGAACGAGACAGAGAAAGAGAACGCGAUAGAGAGAAAGAGAAGGACAAGGACAAGGAUCGAGAA